AUGAUUAGCACUGCAGAGCCGCUGGGAGAGCAGCCACGGGCGGAUCAAUGCCCCCUGCUGGCGGCGCUCAUGUCCAGGAGCGCCCGGUUUUCCGUGCCCUUUCCGGUCCAGACUGUCCGCUGCCAGUACCUUCUCCAGCGCGGCGUGGCCUCUCCGCAGCAGCUGUCGGCCUUCGCCGAGUCCGCGUACCCCCUGCUUCACGAGUCUGCGGUGCGCCUCUACGCCAGCUUCCUCCGCCACAAGGCCCGCCACGGAACGCCUUCCGAGAGGGAGCUGUAUCGCGGCAUGACCGUCACCGCGCUUGUCCACCGCCUCCUCACAAAAAGAGCGGUAUCCUUCUACGGCUGCGAGGACUCCUUCACGCUACUGGACGGCACGCGGGGGCGCGGCUGGGGCGGGGGCUCGCUGCCAGAGCGCUUGACCUACGACGAGAUCAAGCUCUCUGCGCUCCUGUCGGUCAGCUCGUACAGCGUGUUUAUCAACAACGGGUCCCGGGAGAACAGGGGCGUUCCGGUGCCGUCUCGCGAGGCCGUCCAGAGCCACGGGGUUGUGAUCGGGCUCAUCGGCCCUCGCCUGGAAAAGGAGGGCGUCAUGGAGUGGGAGGAGGUCGUCGUCUCCAAGGACCAGAACGUUAGGGCGCGCGGGUAUGGAGAGCCCUCCGGAGAGCCCACGGCGGCCGCUUCGUGGAGGCAGAUGUGGGCCGAGCUCUACGGUCUCCCGUGCCUUCCGCUGUACGACCGGGUUAGGAGCAGCGCAGAUUCCGACAAGUACCUUCCGAUCGGGGACCUGUAUCUGAAUAGGCAGGCGUACUCUGCAAGGCUGGCGAUCUCCUUCGAGACCCUUUUGCUGGAGGCACACUCCCGCGCCACCCGCGCCGGCACGAGGGCCUACGUUCACGUUGUCGGGAUCGGGCUGGGCGUCUGGGCGCUGUCUCCGGCCCAGGAGCCCGUCUUCCUCGAGACCUUCGCCCGCUGCCUCGCAAGGCUGGCAGGGCGUCUCGCGGGCAUAAGCGACCUGGACUUUGCGUGGUUCACCGCCCAGGCCCUCCCCCGGGCGACCUACGAGCACAUCCGCGUGCGCUUCUCCAGGCGAAACCCCCACGACAGCCUGCCGGCGGAGCACAGAGGCAAGCUCCUGGUGGUCUCGUACGCGUGGGACGGGAACGCGCUCCCGGGGAACGAGUUCUGGGACGGCGCCCUCUCCUCCUCCGGCGACCCUGCCCAGGCAUGCUCGAGCCAGAUCUCGGAGCUCCACAACCCGCACAUCAACCCGGCCGUCUGCGGAGAGAACACACGGGUGUUGACCACCAGCGGGGAGACGCUGGGCAUUGACGACUACCUCGAAAAACAUGUUCACACUAGCCCCUCUACAGGGACACCGGGGACCCGUCAUCCUUCCUCUCGCUGA